AUGACAGUGACAUACACCUACCGUGUGGCUGAUGCUCACCUAGGCACCUUCUCACAGCUUCUGCUCCAAUGGAAAGGGAGCAUCUACAAACUCCUCUAUUGCGAGUUCCUAAUCUUUAUCUCUUUCUACUUCGGCAUCAGCAUUGUCUACAGGUUGAUUCUAAGUGAGAGCCAAAGGCUGAUGUUUGAGAAGCUGGCUCUGUACUGUAAUAGCUAUGCUGAACUGAUCCCUGUAUCUUUUGUACUAGGCUUUUAUGUUACCUUGGUGGUAUCUCGCUGGUGGGGACAAUAUGAGAGUAUCCCUUGGCCUGACCGCAUUAUGAACCUGGUCUCAAGUGGUGUGGAAGGGAAGGAUGAAUACGGGCGCCUGCUGCGGCGCACCUUGGUGCGCUACAUCAAUCUCUUGAGUGUGCUGAUCUUGCGCUCUGUCAGCACUGCUGUCUUCAAGCGAUUUCCAAGCAUAGAACAUGUUGUGAGAGCAGGGCUGAUGACUCCAGAAGAGCACAAGAAAUAUGACAGCCUAACCUCACCCCAUAACAAAUUUUGGAUCCCCUGUGUGUGGUUCUCGAAUCUGGCAGUGAAGGCACGCAAUGAUGGUCGAAUUCGUGACAGUGUGCUGCUCCAAGGCAUCUUGAAUGAAAUGAACACUUUACGCAGUCAAUGUGGGCGACUCUAUGGGUAUGAUUGGAUCAGCAUUCCUUUGGUCUACACUCAGGUGGUGACUGUGGCUGUUUACAGCUUCUUCCUGGCGUGUCUGAUUGGCAGGCAGUUCCUGGAUCCAGCAAAGGCAUAUCCUGGCCACGAAAUGGAUCUCUUUGUACCCAUUUUCACCUUCCUACAGUUUUUCUUCUAUGCUGGCUGGUUAAAGGUAGCUGAACAGCUCAUUAACCCAUUUGGGGAGGAUGACGAUGACUUUGAAACCAACUGGCUCAUUGAUAGGAAUCUGCAGGUCUCCCUUAUGGCUGUGGAUGAAAUGCACCAGGAUUUGCCAACUCUGCAGAGGGAUCCAUACUGGAAUGAAUCAGACCCACAGCCACCCUACACAGCAGCAACUGCAGAAUAUAAGCGUCCAUCUUUCCUUGGCUCAACCUUUGACAUCAGCAUGCAGAAAGAAGAGAUGGAAUUCCAACCCCUGAAGCAGAUUAAAGAGAAUGAGGAAGCAAACCACUCAAUGCCAUUGUUGGGACACAUAAGCCGCUUCCUUAGUGUCCAAUCUCCCAGUUUCACCAGGGCAUCAUCAAGAAUGAACCUGAUGCGUCGGAGAAAUGAAAAUAUGCCUCCUUCCCCUUAUUAUGCAUACCCAGACAGUGGAAAAUCUGGGAGCCCUACUAGAAUUAAUCCACAACGGUUUCACCAAGGCUACAACUCUCAGGAUCAAUGGGACAAAGAAGACAGCAAACUGAGAGAAUUUGAUGCCUUUAUGUCAACUCCAUUCUAUGAGAGGCCUGGUUUCUACAGUGCCCCACAAACACCAAUCAGCUCCAUCCCAAUGAUCUUCCCAUCCAGAUGUCUAGGCCGCAAGAAGCCACCCGCUCUCUCCAGCAUUGCUGCCUGUUCUUUGAGGGACAACACUGCCAGCCAAUCUCCUUGCAAGGCUAGUGAUAAGGAAAGAAGUCAGAGCUCUCUUGGUUCAGGAGCUAAAGAAACAUUUGCAUGGACAGCAGAAGAAAACCAAAUGCCAGACUCACUGGCAGUGAUGGCAGAAGUGGAAGCAAAACUCACAAGCCAUAAACUCAAGGAUGUUGCUCCUCUUGGAAGCCCAGGGGCCUUGUCCUCGGGGGACUCGGGAAGUCCCAAUUUUCAUUUCUUUGCUGAGUCCCCAGACCCCGAGUGGCAGGCGAACACCAAGAACAAUCUGAAAGGCUACCGUCAUCCCUGGCUGACUCCAGACAACACAGCAACUCCCAACCCAGAUCUACCCACCUCGCUUCAUACCCACGGGAUCAGAACUCCUAGCGGCAAUGGCCCUACCUUCUUUUCAUUCACACCUUUGACAUCCCCAGCACUUGAGAGAUCCCACCUGAGCAAAACAAAAUCUGCUGUGGGACCUAGUUCAGAUGACACUCCUGGAGUUCCUGAGCAGGAUCCUGCAAUAGUUUCUGGGUACGCAAGAGACAUAGGAAGCAGAGCCACCAACGCUUAUCACACUAAAGAUCAGAGAAAGGCCACAAGCUCUUCGUCCAAUGACUCUGGGAUCUCUUUAGCAGAAGGAGACCUUGUAGGAUUAAUGGAGGUGAUCAUGGAAACCAGUGAAAACACAGCUGAUGAAGGGAAGAUGGACAGGGACAACUAAAUGAAAUGAGCUCACAGGUUCUUGGGGAUGGUAUCAUAAUUUAACUAAGCUUAAUUGAUGCUCAGUCUUUUAAUACAUUUUGCCAAAGAGGCACCAGAACUAUGUACUGGGAGCUGAAGAACAAUUGAGAAUUCCAGUACCUUAGGUUGAACAACUAAUGUCUACUUCCAUCAACUAGUCUGUUACAAACCCUUUAUUGAUUGCAAGACUAAAAACAAUAGCUGCAAUUCGAGCAAGCAGUUGAUUUAAGACCCAUUUGUUGUACUGUUUGAGUACCAAAUAAUGGAAUCAUGUCACUAAUACUCGAACCAGUUUCAGCUGUGGAUUAAGUCAAUUUUCAUUACUAAUUUUUCAAUCAGUGAUUCCUUCCCCAUUGAUUUUUCCUAUAAUUACCCAAACGUUUGAUCACCUGCUACAUUCCUGUUGUGAACAUAAGCACCUCCUACAGGUGAAACUU